CUCAAAAUGAAGGUGUUUCUGCUAAUAUUGUGCUUGGCCAUGGUCAAUACAGACGAUGAAACUACGGAGAGACUUAAGGAUAUUGUCAAUAAAUACGGGCACUUAACCAAGGGUAACCCUGAAUUCUUAAAAUGGAUUGAAAAACUCGAAAACAUUCGUGAAAAUGGUAGUUCUAAAGAGAAAGCUCAAGCAUUUCGCGAUUUCCAAGAAUAUGAUACAACCCGUUUACUAUGGGAAGAGAAAAUAACUGCCCGUUUAGAUGAAAUCGAAAGUUUACUUCCUGAUAGACAACUAUCGCAAGAGUGUGUUAACGAUUAUGAAGCCAAACGAACUGAGCUCUACAAAGCCAAGAAGCUGUCCAAUGACGAAAAGAAAAAAAAAUUAGAUGAAAACUCUGGGAAAUGUAUUGUUAAAGAUGCUUCAAAAGAUGCUUCAAAAGAUGCUUCAAAAGAUCCUUCAAAGAUGCUUCGAAAAAUGGUUCAAAAGAUGCCUCAAAAAAUGCUUCGAAAGAUGCUUCGAAAAAUGCAUCGAAAAUGCUACGAAAGAUGCUUCGAAAGAUAGUACAAAAGACCCAGAUACAUCCUCGACCAAUACAACUAGUAUAUUUGGAAAAAUUAAGAAUAUUGGUAUUAAAAUCGGGAAAUGGUCACAGUAGCGACAGUAGCUACAGAGCUAUUUGGGUCAUUUUUUAAAGAUUUUAAUCUAUAUGUGUUUGAAUAAAAUCGUAUUUACUGGU